AUGUGCCACCGCACCGGCAGAUAUUAUCAUCCACUCUGAGCGAUCCAAACGAGUGAGAGAGAUAAGAGAGGGAGAGAGCGAGGAGGAUAGAGGCAAGCAGACAAUGGUGGCUGUCUGUAGAUGGUCUGCCCUGGAGGAUAGGGUCGAUACCAGCAGUGGGAUCAGCAGAAGGUGGUUGAAGUAGACGGAGUGGCAUGAUAACCAUGCUGCUUCUCCCUCCUCAGUUCUCGACCAAUCCCUUCUCAUUGUACCUUCCCCUUCCUUCCUUCUCCCUUCAACAUCCUCCUCCUCGAUUACCGCUUCUCUCAGCUGUAUCAGCAACCCAUGGCAGCAGCAGCACGACCACCACCAUCACUUCUACAUCACCUUCAGCAGACCCCAACUCUCUAUACGCCCGUCGUUGGGACUUCGACCCCCUUCUCAAUUACCUCGACUCCACUACCGCAGCCAGCAGCAGCAGUAGCAGUAGCGGAAAUGAUAACAUCUGCAAGCUCGACGCCGUGGAAGCACGGUUGGUGGAGGAGUACAGGGCCGUUCCGGCCUCACUGUGGCACUCCCUCCUGAAAUCCCUGUGCUCGUCCUCGCGCCUUGCAUCGGCAUCGGCUCUCGUCACCUGGAUCCGCAAGCACAACCUCUGCUUCUCCUACCACCUUCUCUAUUCCAUCCUCAUCCACUCUCUCAGCAAGUCUCAGAAGCUCUACGAGGCCUUCCUUCUCUCCCACCAACUCGACGCCAUGAGCCCAUUCACCUACAACGCCCUCAUCGGCGCCUGCGCCCGCAACAACGACUACGAGAAGGCCCUCCACCUGCUGUCCGAGAUGCGCCGGCUGGGCAUCCACUCCGACCCCAUAAAUUACAGCCUCGUCGUCCAGGCCUGCACGCGCGCCGCCGUCGACCCACGCGUUCUAGACCGCCUCUGCGACGAGCUCCGGGAAGACGGCAUUGAGCCGGAUGCCCGCCUCUGCAACGAUCUCAUCCUGGCCUUUAGCAAGGCCGGAGACCCAGACCGCGCCCUCUUCUUCCUCUCCAGAAUUCAAGGCCAGGGGCUCAGCCCCAAGACAGCCACAUAUGUCGCCCUCAUCUCUGCCCUCGGCAACUUCGGCCGCACCGACGAGGCCGAGGCCGUCUUCCACGAGAUCGGCGAGAGCGGACUCCAGCCGAGGGCUCGUACCUUCAACGCCCUACUCAAGGGGUUCGUCAAGAGGGGUCUCCUAGACGAGGCGGAGGGCGUGGUUUCUGAGAUGGAGAGAGCCGGUGUUUCCCCCGACGAGCACACCUACAGCCUCCUCCUCGACCUCUACACUGGCGCCGGCCGCCAGGAGAGCGCUCGGAUACUUCUGGAGGAGAUGGAGGCCAGCAAUGUCCGCCCAAAUUCCUACGUCUUCAGUCGGCUGCUGGCGAGCUACCGCGACGCCGGCGAGUGGCAGAUGGCGUUCUCAGUUUUCAGAGAAAUGAGGAAAGCUGGUGUUUCCCCUGACCGCCAUUUCUAUAAUGUCAUGAUGGACACCUUCGGCAGGCACAAUUGUCUCGAGCACGCUGUUCACACCUUCGAUAAGAUGCUCUCCGACGGAAUUCGGCCCGAUAAUGUCACCUGGAACACUCUGAUUAAUUGCCAUUGCAAGGCGGGCCAGCAUGAUCGCGCUUUGGAGCUCUUCCGGGAGAUGAAGGAAAGCGGGUGUGCCCCCUGCACGACAACCUUCAACAUACUGAUCCAUUCGUCUGGGGAGCAGGGCAGGUGGGACGAGUUGGAGUCCAUGCUCGGGGAGAUGAGGAGCGAAGGAUUGUUGCCCAACAUCGUCACGUAUACCACCCUCGUCGACGUUUAUGGGCAGUCAGGCCGCUUCAAGGACGCCAUUGAAUGCUUGGAGGUCAUGAAGGCCACUGGCCUGAAGCCAUCGCCGAGCAUGUACCAUGCUCUGGUGAAUGCCUAUGCGCAGAAGGGUUUCUCUGAGCAAGCUGUUAAUGCAUUUAGAGUCAUGAGAGCUGAUGGUGUACGACCGAGCGUUUUGGUUCUUAACUUGUUGAUAAAUGCAUUCAGUGAGGACAAGCGAGACCAAGAUGCAUUUGCAGUGCUAGACUACAUGAAGGAAAAUGGUCUUCAGCCAGAUGUCGUGACAUAUACGACCCUCAUGAAGGCUCUGAUCCGUGUUGAGAAGUUUGAUAAGGUCCCUAGUAUCUAUGAGGAGAUGAUUUUGUCAGGGUGUAGGCCAGAUAAAAAAGCUAAGGCAAUGUUGCGAUCAGCACUCCGAUAUAUGAAACAGACACUGUUUAACAGUUGAUGGCCAACGCAACUACUUCGUAACUGUACAGCUCAAACAUUUUCAUUCAUCUGCUGAUACUGUUAAGAUGUCAGCUCCCUGUGAGUUACUGGUCCUAGUGGAAGUAGCCGGAGACCAUGCUAUCACUGGGUUCUUCUCCACUUAAAGUGCAGUCUGCCCAGAGAAAAUUUGAGGACAUGAAUAGAUAACUUAGCUUUCCCUGUAGGUCCAGUUCAUUUAAGCAUUUGAGAUCACCGAUGGCUAUUCAAUCCUGCAGGCGGCCAAGAUUUUUUUCAUCAAGCUCUGUUCUAUGACUGUCAAAAACCAAGGUCUAGUAUAUCCCAUGUUCAACUGAAAAUAGAGAUGUAGUACUUUAGCAGGGCCCAAAGCCAAGUGAUUUUCAGCUCAGAUGCAAAUCAAAAUUGUGGUCAGCUGAAGCACUGCUUAAUAGGGUGGCAGUUCGCUGCAACCAUUGUUCUUGAUGAACUACUUGGCUCGAUGGUGUACACCCCUUUGACAAGGGUUUGUUGUUGUUUUGUACAGAUUCAAGUUGGUGAUGAGAGAAAUGAUCAUGAUAUUGUUUACAGUAAUGCACCA